AUCUGAAAUGUUUAAUGCAUUUUUUCCCUGUUGUAUCAAAAAUGGUAUUGAAUAUUGUUAUUUUUCAACGUAUCGUAUCGAAGUUUUAAAUUCUAGUAUCGUGACUCUUGUUUUCUAGGUAUCAAAUGGUCCUUUGAAGAAGCCAUGGGAAGCUGUUUUAGCUGUCCAGAUAAAGAAUCAAUCCAUGAUAUUCACCAAAGUAAAUUUAAGGUGGUGAACGUGGAUGAUGACGGGAAUGAGCUGGGAGCAGGAAUCAUGGAGCUGACAGAGGACGAACUGGUCCUACGCACACGGAAAUGUGAGGCUGUAAAGUGGCCUUACCUGUGCCUGCGUCGCUAUGGCUAUGAUUCAAACCUAUUUUCCUUUGAGAGUGGCCGUCGCUGCCAGACUGGUCAAGGGAUCUUUGCCUUCAAGUGUUCACGCGCUGAAGAGAUCUUCAACAUGCUGCAGGACAUCAUGCAUAAUAACAGCAUCAGUGUUGUAGAGGAACCUGUGUUUGAGCCCAUCCUCGCACAAGCUGAAUCAGACCUUCCCGUAACACCACACACUCCUACCACUCCUGGAAACAUACUCCCUACCAUACCCAAUGGCAGCUUAAGGUAUCCCUCUCUGGGGGAUGUGUCCUCUCACCCGUCUAGUCGGCAUCCAUCUGUUGGAAGCACAUGCCCGCCCUCACUGGGAGAGGAGUCCACACACCCUCUUUUAGUUGCAGAAGAGGCUGUUAGAGGGCACACCUAUGUAAACACCACCGGGCUACUGGAGCAGCACAGCCCGAGUCUUUGUGAUGUUCCUCUGGACACGAGUGUUUCAUUACAUAAUGGAGAGGAUGCUCCCCAUCAGGUGGCACCGGAACCUGGGCCUCGAGUGCAGCUGGAGCCUGAAUGUGUUCGGUUUGUGUUGGGUCCAACUCCUGUGCAGAGGCAGAGGCAGAGAGAGGCAUCUGUGUCAGGACAGCAGUGUGCUGGUGCAGACAGCAGGCUGAGCAGUUCAGCCCAAAACUGUGUUGGCAGUAUUUCACAACAUAAGAAUGAAGGCAACAUAGAUGCGGUAGAAAGCAGUAGGAUGCAUGAGGACACAUCCGCAGCUUCAGAUAAACUCAACUGUUCAUCGUCCUCAGCUCUCUCACGCCGUAGGGGUCGACCUCCACCAAUUACGCCGGAUGCCAAUGUCAACAACUCAGCCCAGCGGAGAACAGCAUUAUUGGACUACGAGAACCUCCCAGCCCUACCUCCUUUACGAGAGCACCCGAAGGGUGACUCUGAUGAUGAGGACAGUGAUGUCCCCAUAGAACUUAAAUCACAGCCUAUCAACGGCUUCCACAACCACAGAGAGUACAGCCCUGACCCAACGCACUACUACAUCAACACAGAGAAUGUGACGGCCCCACUCAGCGCUAACAAGGUGGAGUCGGCCCGCUGGCGGGACCGCUCUACCACAACCUUCUUUAACUUUGAUUUCCGCCGACCGUGCCUAGAGUCCCACAGACUGAACUACAUCGAGGUCGAGACUGAGAACUCCAGCAACCCUCAGACCCCGAAGACGCCCACUUCACCGCUUCCUCAGACCCCCACCCGCAGGACAGAGCUGUAUGCAGUCAUUGAUGUAGAGCGCACGGCUGCCAUGUCCAGCCUGCAGAAAGCGUUACCCCGCUAUGACGGUACCUCUAGAAAAACACGCCAUAACAGUGUUGACCUGCCCAUGUAACCUGAAACUGCCUGAAGACACUUCGGUGUUUUUACAAAAUGAGUUUGUAACUCAUGGAGAUUACCUGUAGCUAAAAUGGUGUCUCUCUGUCUCAUGUUCGCUUGAGAAGCUAACAGAGGAGCUUGUCAUAUACCAUCGUUUUAUUCCUAUGGUAAUAUACUACUACUUUUCUUACACUCGUUUUCCAAUGCCUGUUUGUCUUUAUUAUGUUAAUAACACGUUGGACAGCAUUCCAAAAGAUAAUUCAGUAAGGCACAAAUCAGUAUUACUGAUCAAAUGGUGUUGUUUAUUCAUUCCUUUUCUGCCAAUUUUCAGAGUUGUUUUGAAAUUCACAUUUUAAGACAUCACACACUACAUUUACAUCUUUAAGUUGCAAAGUAGUAGAUUUAAAUACUUGGCACAAUAAAAGUCUGUUUUGUGAUAUUCAUAUUUUUAGUUCAGAUGCUGUACACCAUAUGCAUGCAUUACAUUGCAUUACACAUACAGUACAGUAAAAGGUUUCAAAUGUUGUGCCUCCAUAAGCAACCAGUAUAAACAGCUUUAUCUGAAUAUAACCAGUAUUGAACUUAUUGGUGUCCAUAUAACAUUGAGUAUUAUGCUAGAUUUAAGCUUUGUUAACAGGACUAACUUUACAAAGGAUUUCAACAUUCAGACACCAUUGUGUAUCAGUACUAUUGUUAAUAAUAAUCACAAUAAACAACCAUUUCCCCCAAGUAAUAUAAUUUAUUAGUCUGUAAUAACAAUUGUGGAUAUUUAGAUUUUUUGCAUUAAACGAGAAUUUAACUGAUGUGCAAUCAGAGUUGUAUCUAGUCAUGUGCAAUUUGACAUGUUUGAGUAAAAAUUCUUGAACCUAUUGUUAAUGUACUUAAUGUACUAUGUAUGAAUGUCAUUCUGCAUAUAUUUACUCAAUGAUUUACAACAUACAGCACAUUUACAAAGCACAAGAGAUAUGAACAAUAUAAAAAUUUGUUAUAAUCUUUUUUACUGAGUAAAUGUUUAGUUUAAGCACAUUCUCACAACACAAGGUCAUUAUGGGAUAUACUGUAUGUGAAACAUCCACACAGCCAAGAUAAUGAGAUCAAUACAAUAUAUAAAAUUAUAAAAGAUAAACAAAACAAUGAUAUUACAACAUUAACGAUCAUUGUGACAAAUUUAAGGCAAUGUAAUUAUGAAUAUUUAGACACAUUUACACAUUCUGAAGACAUUAUCGAACAACUGAAUGUCUGAGUGGAGAAUAGGAUAUCAUUUUUGCUCGGCGGGUAGACCUCACAUUCUAUUGAGAUGGGAUCCAUACUACUGUACACGCCCUUACAGAAAAGACACACGGAAUUCACAUGUGCAAAAAACACGUGUGAUCACAUGUGAAAUGUGUGUCUUUGGAACAUUUUGGUGUGAAUUCCCACGUGAAACCCAUGGGAUAACAUAUGCGACAUGUCUCCACAUGUGAUCACAUGUUCUUCACGUCACCACAUGUUGCACAUGUCAUCCAAUGGGUUUUUACAUGUUAUCCCAUGGGUUUCACGUGGGAAUUCACAUGGAAUUCACACCAAAAUGUUCCAAAAACACAUUUCACAUGUGAUCACACGUGUUUUUUGCACAUGUUAAACACAUGUAUACAUGUGAUCACAUGCGAAAAACAUGUAAAAAACGUGAAAUUCAUGUGUCUUUUCUGUAAGGGCGGUAAGGCCCCUUAUUCUAGAAAUGUAGCUACCGUGUCUUUAUUUACAACUGAUCUCAUCGGAUUGACUAGAAUCCACAGUUUGAUAUAACCAGAUAUUUCUUUUCUGCAUUACAAGUAUGAUUUCAAUAAUGAGAACAUCUGAAAAUACACUUGUGAAAAAAAGGAACAAAACAGUGUUGCAGUGUUUAGACAUUUAUUAAUUUAAGUUUUCUAUUUCAUGUACAAAAUACUAGAAAUGCUGAGCACAACCAACUAUGCUCAUUUUUGAGGAGAAAUAAAAGAGUUGCAGUCAGGUUUCAAUCAUGUCGUAUUAGAAGUGCCACAAGGCUCUGGGCUUUAUGGUAGAAUGGCCAUAGGAGACUUCCUUGAGUGGCCCAGUCAGUGUUUGGGCUUGAACCCAACUGAACAUCUUUGUAGAAACCUGAAAAUGUCUUGUCUACUGAUGGUCCCCGUCCAACCUGGCAGAGUUUUAGAGGAUCUGAGGCAGUACUUGAAUUGAGUCAAGUCUUAUAUGUGACCCUGGACAACAAAACCAGUCUUGUGGGUCAAUUUUUCGAAAUUGAGAUUUUUACAUAAUCUGAAAGCUGAAUAAAUAACAUUUCUAUUGAUGUAUGAGUUGUUAGAAUAGGACAAUAUCUGACUGAGAUACAACCGUUUAAAACUCAGGAAUCUGAGAGUGCAAAAAAUCAAAAUAUUGAGAAAAUCGCCUUUGAAGUUGUUAAUCAGGGGCACUGUGGCAGACCAUUCACUCACAAAAAUAAAGUUUUUAUACAUUUAAGGUAGGACAUUUACAAAAUAUCUUCAUGGAACAUGAUCUUUACUUAAUAUCCUAAUGAUUUUUGGCAUAAAAGGAAAAUCGAUAAUUUUGACCCAUACAAUGUAUUUUUGUCUUUUACUAAAAAUGUUCCGUUGCUACUUAAGAUUGGUUUUGUGAUCCAGGGUCUCAUAUAGUCUGUAAGACUUAUAUAGUCUCGCAAUAUACAAUUUAUACAAAGUACACAAUAUAUUUGAACAUAAUAUGCAUAAUUAUAUACUAUUUAUUAAAACAGGCUUACAUAAAAGAACAGGCUUCUUUCACUGUAUUUUGGAUCAAAUCAAUGCAGGCUUGGUGAACAGAAAUGACUUUUGAACAGUAGUGUAUGCCCAACAGAAUAAUUCUAGUAGUAUUGUAGUUGUAGUAUUUAAUAUUUUCCCUAAAUACAACUGGAUGAUUGACACUUUGUGAUAAU